GCCUGGCUGAUCUCAUAUAAAGCCUCUCUUGCUAUAAUUCAUUGCCCACAGCCUUGCCAAUAAAAGCAAGGCUCAUCCCUGCUACAGAGAACUCUAUUUCCAUCCCCUCCAGCACGGCCACCUCUUUCUCCUGUGACCUGCCAGCCAUGAAGUUUCUUUUCCUCUUUCUUGUCAUCCUUCUGGCCACGGAACCCAUGGUCUCAGGCAGACAUCACACCCUUCGAUGCAUGGGAAACACGGGAGUCUGUAGACCCUCUUGCAGAAGGACUGAACAUCCCUACCUCUACUGCCUAAAUUAUCAGCCAUGCUGCCUCCAGUCCUACAUGAGGAUAAGUAUUGCUGGCAGAGAAGAGAAAGAUGACUGGAGCCAAGAGAACCGCUGGCCAAAAAUACCCUGAGUGCUAGAGAUCGCCAUCUUCAAACUGAAGUCAGGACCCCUCAUUAAAAUUCAUGCAU